UUUCAAUAUUUUUGUCAAUAAAUAGAAUGAUGCUUUGAAUGAUAGUUUUGAAUAUGAGGAAAAUUUAUCUGAACGAACUACACCAACGAAAAAAAGGAAAAUAAGAGGAGAACUGAGUAAAGAAGAACGGCCUAAGCAUCGAGAACAAAAAUACCGCCCUGAAUGGGAGUUAAAGCCAUCAUAUAAGGACUGGUUGAGAAAAGUUGAAGGUGAUAAUAUGAAAGCAAAAUGUAUUAAAUGUAACACAACAUUCGUUUCUGAAUUGGUAGUUAUUAAAAAUCAUGCCCUUGGUAAGAAACAUAAGAUCAAUGUUUCUAAUACUCCUAAAAAAUCAUCAACUGCAAUGUUAAAUUUCAUAAAAGACGGUAAUAAAAAAGACCCUUUGGAGGAUAAAAUUAAAAUUGCCGAAAUUAAAUUAUGUGCCCUUCUUGUAGAACAUAAUAUUGCUUUUAAUUGCAUAGAUCAUAUUGUAGGAGUUUUGAAAGAUAUUUUUGAUGAUUCAGAAAUUUGUCAAAAAAUCCAGCUCAAAAGAACAAAAGCUACAAACGUCAUAAAAAACGUAAUUUCACCAUUUGCUAAACAAAUUUUAGCAACUAAACUUAAAUUAAGCAAAUUUUCUAUUAUGAUUGAUGAAUCAACAGAUAUUGGGUGUGAAUCAACAAUGUGUAUUAUUGUCAGGUUCCACGAUGCUGAAGAGCAAAGAAUUGUAAGUAAAUUUUGGUCCUUGAUUCAAGUUUAUGAUAAGAAAAAUAUAGACAAGGUGAAUGAAGGUGCCACUGCUAAUAACUUGUUUAGUUCUUGUAUACAAAAAUUUGAAGAAUAUAAAAUUCCUUUUACCAAUAUUAUUGGAUUUGGGUCAGAUGGCUGCAAUUCAAUGUUUGGAGUUUGUAACUCAGUAGCUUCCAGAAUGCAAAAUGUUUUUCCUGGUAUUUUUUUAAUGAAAUGUAUUUGCCAUAGCUUACAUUUAGUUAGUAGCGAAGCUUGCAAAGAAUUGCCAAAACGCUGUGAAGAUUUAGCAAGACAAAUUCAUUCGUAUUUUAGUCAAAGUUCUAAACGUCAGUCACAAUUUCAUCAAUUUCAAGUUUUCCUUAACUUAAGAGAACACAAAAUACUGCAUCCGUCAGCUACUAGGUGGUUAUCAAUGUCUUCGGUAGUUAAUAGAAUCAUUGAACAAUGGGAUGCGUUGAAGUUAUAUUUUAAUGACCAGUGGCUCUCCGAAAAACUUCUUUCAAGUAAGACUAUAUAUGAAUAACUAAAUGACCCU